CUCGGUCUCUCUCUCUCUCUCUCUUUCUCAAACACACACACACUCUCUCUCUCUCUCUCUCUCUCUCUCAUUGUCAUAUCUUUGCUAGGUCCAUCAAACAGGCAGUGAUUCCCCCAGCUUCCACAUCAAAUGAACCCAUAAUCAUUAUCAUCAUCACACGCCCCUUCUCUUAUCUUCUCUUCUUCUUCCUUCUUUCUCUCUCUCUUUACAGAACCUUUCAAUGUCGAUAAACCACUACUCACCAGAAGCCAGACUAUACUGUACCGAGCAACAACAGGCGGCCACGUGGCUGGGAAACUCUCACACCCCUCGUUUCAACCUGAACGACAACCAGGAGGAGGUGGAGGAGGAGGAAGAGGAGGUGAUGGAGAAGGGUGGUGGUGAGGCGGCGGCGGAAGAGGAGGAGAAGGAAGCGAUGUUCGAGAAGCCGUUGACGCCAAGCGACGUGGGGAAGCUGAACCGGUUGGUGAUCCCGAAACAGCACGCGGAGAAGCACUUCCCGCUGGAGUCGUCGUCGUCGUCGUCGUGCGGUGACAGCGCGAAGGGCGUGUUACUGAGUUUCGAGGACGAGUCCGGGAAGUGCUGGCGUUUCCGUUACUCUUAUUGGAACAGUAGCCAGAGUUACGUUUUGACCAAAGGAUGGAGCCGUUACGUCAAGGACAAACGGCUCCACGCUGGCGACGUCGUUUUCUUCCACAGACACCGCACCCAUCCUCAACGCUUCUUCAUCACCUCCACCCGCCGCCAACCCAACCCCCCCGCUCACGUUACCACCACCGCCACACCCUCCUUCUACUCUGCGCACCCUUAUCCUGCGCAUCACCUCCCUUUCCCAUACCAACCUCACUCCCUUCAUGCACCUCCAGGUGGAGGGUCCCAAGGACAGAACCAAACGACACCGGGAGGGAACAGUUCAGGUGGCAGGGUGCUGAGGCUGUUUGGGGUGAACAUGGAAUGCCAACCUGAUAAGGAUUCCCAAUGCUCUUACACUCUCUCUUCAACAACAACAACAACAACAACAACACUUUCUCACCACCACCACUUACACCCUCAAACCUCUUUUUCUUCUUCUUCUUCUUCUUCUUCCUCAAACCCUCACCAUCACAUGCUACGUCAACAACCGUAAUACAAUUACAAUCUAUGUAUUAGAUCUUAGAUAUUAGAUUCUCUCUCUUCCCUUCCCAGCUUCAGGGUUAAGGUGUGCCCUUAAUUAGUUUUACAUUAACAUCAACCCCUCUUUAUUAUAAGUAUAUUUAGGUUGACGUUCAAGAUUAUAGACGAUCUUUCUUGUCUUGAAUUAGGGAGAUGCAUGCAAAUGGAAAUGCCUUUUUAUUCGUUUUA